AUGCCACCCAACAACACCAACAUGAGCGUCCUAGAAGCCAGCGCUCCUGACAAGACCGAUGAAUCAACUCAUCACGAGGAGCCGCCACGAUCUUUCAUCAGAGAGGCACUUUUGGUCAGUGUCCUCUGCUCCUCACAGCUCAUGACCCAGGCGGGCCUCGCCCUAUCACUGGUGCCCUUACGGAUCAUCGGCGCCAGCUUCAACACAACAAAUCCCGGAGAGCUGAGUUGGUAUACAGCUUCCUACAGUCUGACAGUCGGGACAUUCAUACUCAUCGCCGGGCGGCUUGGCGACAUCUUUGGGCACCGUCUGAUGUUCAUCAUUGGCUUUGCCUGGUUCAGCCUAUGGUCCCUGCUCGGCGGUAUCGCCGUCUGGUCGGAUCAGAUCUUCUUCGACAUAUGCCGGGCGAUGCAAGGGAUUGGCCCGGCAUUUCUGCUCCCCAAUUCUAUCGCCAUACUUGGCCGCACGUAUCGGCCGGGCCCACGCAAAAACAUGAUAUUCAGCCUCUUUGGGGCAACUGCCCCAGGCGGGUUCAGUAUCGGUGCUGCCAUGGCCUCGCUCCUGGCGGAGAGAGUCUGGUGGCCCUGGGCCUAUUGGAUCAUGGCAAUCGCAUGCGCCGGUUUAGCCCUGAUGGGAUGGCUCAUCAUACCUCAAAGCCCGCCUGACUCUGCUGACGAGAAAGACAUACCCACAAUGGCUCGACUCGACAUCCCCGGUUCUUUUGCAGGAGUGACAGGGUUGAUACUAGUGAAUUUCGCCUGGAACCAAGGUCCUGUGGUAGGAUGGGAUGCCCCUUACACAUAUGCUCUCCUAAUUGUCGGAAUAUUGAUGCUGGGGAUAUUUGUCUACAUUGAGCUCCAUUCCAGAUGCCCGUUGCUCCCUCCGUCGAUUUUCACAAAAGAAGUAGGCUGGGUUUUGGGUUGUGUUGCAACUGGUUGGUCCAGCUUCGGAAUUUUGGUAUUCUAUUAUUUUCAGUUCCUCGAGGUAAUCAAGGGCGACACCCCAUUGCUGGCCUCCGCCAAGUGGUCGGGAGUGUCCAUUUCGGGUGCGAUCGCGGCCGUGACGACAGGAUAUCUAAUCUCGCAUAUCCGGCCCUCGCUCAUCAUGUUGAUGGCGAUGGUGGCGUUUACCAUGGGCCAAAUCCUCUUAGCGACGUUGCCUGUGGACCAAACCUAUUGGGCGCAGGCCUUCGUAAUUACCAUCAUAACACCUUGGGGAAUGGACAUGUCAUUUCCCUCCGGAACCUUGAUUCUCAGCAACUCCUUACCCCGAGAACAACAAGGCGUGGCUGCAUCGGUGGUCAACACUGUUGUCAAUUAUUCGAUAUCCAUUGGACUGGGGCUUGCGGGGACCGUGGAAAGGUAUGUGAACGUGAGCGGCCAAGACACUUUAGCUAGCUAUCGAGCAACUAGUUAUAUGGGAACAGGCUUGGCUGGGCUUGGAAUACUAACAGCCAGUCUAUAUGUCAUUCUCGACCACAGAAGACGCGAUAAGGCAUCAUCAUAG